CCAUUAUUUAAAACUGUGGAUACUUUUGUUGUUUGUAAUCCAUGCAUAACAAUACAUUUUUUAAUCAUGAACUAUCUGGCAGUGAAAGUAUCAAAUCUAAUUGAGACACGAACAACGUAGAGUAGAUAUGGAGAAUUCAGAGUUGCGUUUCUUACAAAUAUUCCAAAAAACCCUUUUUGAGCAAGUGGACCCUUUAAAGAUAACCAAGCGAUUGAACAAGCUCAAAAUCCUAGAUGGUUCUCAAAGGAGAGAAUUAUUUGCUUUAAAAAGUUGUGAAAGACGCAAAAUAUGGACACUACUGUUUUGCUUAAUCGAGAAGCACUGUUCUCUUCAACAGGUUUUACAAGUUCUGCUCGAAUGCAGUUAUAUUGAUCUAUUUCUUCAAAUGGCUAUCCAGUUAAAAUGCUAUUCAAACCAUGUAGGACAGCCAUCUGCUGUUCAACGAACCGGUAGUUUAAGUUCCAGUCGACGAUUUUCCCAAGAACUGUUUAUAGAACUUAAAAUAAAAACACAUAACUUAAGUAUCGGAGAUCCUAGAACGCAUCUUCAUGAGAAAUCAGAGAUUUACAGGACAAACUAUUUUAAAGAAAGUGAAUAUCUUGAAAAAAUGGCAAAAGCAGACAAAUAUGCUGCAUCUAUUUGCGCCGAAAUUGAUGCGCAUACAAUGUUGUAUGUCCAAGAACUUCCAUCUCAUGGACUUUUCGAAGAGCUAAAACAGUUGAUAUCGCAUACAUCUAAUACCCACGUGACUCAAGUUGCCUACGAUUCACGAUUAGCUAUUGCACAUGCGAUUGCAGAUCAAGAUGACAAAGGCGACCAUUUCCUUCGACAAGCAAUGGCGUCGUCUGUAUUUAUUGGACACUGCGUAGAACUAAUCAACAUGCUAUAUAUAUUUGUAUUCAAUUUGAUAUGCAUGUAUGAGAAAAGUCCAACAGUUCAAACAUUAGAAAAGAUAUUAAAAAUAGCCGAAUACAGUUUGCAUUGCCUUCAGGAAGAAAAUGAUUGUGUUGUUAGAUCGUUUUGGAUGCGUAUGUUUUAUCUCCGAAUGGUUUAUUGUUUGUUGGGAAUCAGCAAUAAAGGUGAUAUAAUUCCUGGCUGUAUUGUUUUACCAAAGCAUGUUCAAAGGGCUAGUGAUUUGUUGGCAGAGGUAGAUAAAAUAUGGAACGGGAUUGAGACAAGGCGGAAAAUGUUUUACUAUGUCGCUCAAGCAAGAAUUGAAGAACUAGAAAAUCCCCCAGAAGAAAUCGACCUAGCUUUAGAAUUUAUAAAUAUGGCGACUGAAAUAGCAAGGAAGGGUAACUUUGGAGAAUCUAAAUUCAUUAAUGAGUACGCAGAAUCUCUCAGAGUCAUACAAAGUAAAUACUGCAGAGAUGAUUCUAAUGAUGAAGUUCAUGGUAAAAUAUUGGUACGGUCAGCUAUGGAACAUGAUGAAAAUAAUGACGAACAUCCGAACACUAACACUGUAACAAAAUGUGUGUGUGGUGAUAAAGGAAAUACACAAGAACAAUAUUCGUUGCAAACGUCAGAAACUCAGAAGCUUUUACUCGAUGAAGUUAACAUAACAUUGGAACAAGAACAGCUAUUACUUAGACCUUAUCUCAAGCAAUUGAAUCCUCCUACCAGAUUGAAACAUAUAUUCAGGGACGAAAAAAACGAAUCUCAAUCCAUCAUAGAUAUCCCUUGUCAUAAGACUGAUGACAACAGUAUAUUGAACAACACAGCAAUUACUAUGCAUUCAAAUGGGGUUUUAUGUCAGGACUUGGUUGCUGAGAGGUUUGAAUCUCUGAUGAACAGCAAAGAUCUUGACAAUUUUUAUAUUGAAACAGAUUUUUCUUCUGUUAUAAAUUUACAUAGACCAAUUAUUUAAUGUUUUUGGGUACGGGGUUGUGUUUCAAAUCCUUUUUCGUAUACAUUUACAUUUAUU